CUCUAUCCUCUCUCCAGAUGCGUCCGCCAGGUGGACUGCCCGGAUCUGAAGUCGGAAUUUAUCUCCGUUCUGCUCCGGGAGGGAUCUGCGGGAUUAGAGUGGUUGACAAAAGCGUAGCCCUGAAAGACCCCGAUCAGGAGCUGACCGUGGAGAGGGUUUUCACUCAGCUAGCUUUCCCAGAUCUGACGGGCUACAGAUAUAAUGUGAAUGAUCGAGAACCGAAUACCUGUAUAGACAAACCUGUCUACUCCAAAUUCAUCGCUCCAGAUUAUAGCAGCACGGAUCUGGGAGAUACCUACAAUGCUGUCAAGGAGCUGGGACUAAAGAUUUUCACCAACAUUGAAGUGAAACGACAGAUUCUGUGUUACACACAAACCACGCAUUUUCGAGGGUUCCUUAAAUGUCUGCAGUCCAUCCUGAUCCAGGUGCCCACCAGCCCAGUUAAGGUCAGCAGCAGCUCCACUAACUGA